UCAGGAUCCUGCGAGACAAAAAGCAGAAGUGAGGGGGAGGGAAGGACGGGAGGGACUCUUUCUUCUUUUAGAGAAAUAUCCUGCCAGCUCCGACCAAAGUUGUGUGACUAUGAGCUCCUCGGGGCCUCAGGCCACGAACCAGCACAACGUGAAGGAGCUCGACACCAUGAAGGAGUCCAUCAGUGACAUCAUCAACCAGCUCCAGGACAUCGACCCGGCCAGGCUGUCCUUCUCCCCCUUCCUGGACCUGGAUACUCAAAUCUCCUUGGCGCCAGUAUCAGACAGUCCCGAGUCUUCGGUGGAGGAGCUGCACUCGUCCUCCCGUUCUGUCUCGGGCUCCCAGCGCUCCCUGGAGCCGGCACCGACAACAGAGCUGCCAAUGAGUUGUGCUUCGUGCCCCCAGCAGCCCCCCAGCAUUCACCUCCCAGAGCAGCCUGAAGCAGAUCAGACAGAGGAGGGCCAACCCGAUCCAACUCCUUCCAGUCCGAUCAUCACAGCACACAGUUUGGACACCAACACGGACAACUGCAUCGGCGCCUCAACCCCGGCCUCUCAGGGCGACAUUCCCAACGGCACAGACACGCCGAGAUGGAGCCCAGAAUCUACCAAUCUGGAGAGCACAGUGGACGAGGGCCGGCCUCUGAUAGGCCCGCCACCAGAGAGCGUGGAACUGGCUGUGUGGACCCCCGAGGGCCCGGCAGAGACUCAUGGAGCCUCAGAGGAGGCUUCAGAUGGAGGGCGACGCUGCUGUCGCUGCUAUCAGAGCGGCAGAGUUCCUGCGUUCCUCUCGGUGCUGGCCUCUCUGCUGUGUGCAGCCGGAAUCCUCUAUCUGCUCUACUUCUACGUCCCCAUCAGGCCCCCAGACUGCCCCGACACAAGCAGCCGCCUCGUUUUCACCUUCUGCUGCUGUUUGGUGGCUGCGCUACCCGUCGUGCUCGCGAUGCUCGUGGGCGCUGGCUGCCAGUUCUGCUCCGGCUCCUUGGACCUGCAGGAGUCUUUACCCAGAAGGCAAACCCUGCAGCAGCUGUUCAUCACAUCCACCUUGGAGCAAUUACUCCUUUAUGUUCUCAACCUGGUAGUUAUGGCUGCCCUACUGCCUCAAGAGCAGCUGAAGCUGGUGCCCAUACUGGCUGUGAUGUUCGUCUUGGGCAGGCUGGUUUACUGGUUCAGUCUGAACACGUGCGGCUCCUGGAGAGGAUUUGGCUCCGGCCUGACCGUCUUCCCGCUUCUCGCCAUGGUCGCUCUCAAUCUGUUCCUCAUGUACAGCCUCAAUCUCAAGGAGCCCCUCUUUGGCUCUGGGGACGCCCUCUAUAAUCAGGUCACCCCCUCUUCCUGGUCAGGGGAGACUUCUCAGAGCUCGAGUGGUGAACCAGACGUCCUACCCACAGACAUCCUGGAUGCUCAGUGAGAAGGAGAACCAGGCUUUCUUCUUUUCCAAAAAUAGGCCAUUCCUGUGGUCUGCUGCUGAGCGCAGCUACAUCCGCUGCCACUCCAACCU